AAAAGUGGAGAUGGGAUGCGCACUGAAGCAGUUGCGGAGAGAAGAAUCUGGCAAGGAGAGCAAGAGAGAUGUGCAGGUAAUAUUUUAUGCGCAUGAGGUGACGAAAUAUGGAAGGGCAGUAAAAGGAGAGGGAGAGAGAGGGAGAGAGAAAGCAUAAGAAACAAGGUUUGGGCGCAGAGAGAAAACAGAAAGGAAGAGGAGGAGAGGAGACGAGCAGAAAGUGGAAACGAGGGAGGCUCCACAAUAAUUGGCAUGCAUGCAUCCAAUUCCAUGACUGCAUCGGGACGCGCAUAGCGGCCUUGCUGAAUUCCAAGCGCUCGCUGUUGUUGCUGCUGUCGUCGCUCGCUAUAUAUUGGAAAAGGGGCGGCUUUCCCUCUUUCGUUUGCUUUCCCAUUGGAGGGACGAGCAGAGGAGGCCGAAUCUUGUUAGGGUUUCGUCCCCUCCCUCUAUCUCUCUCCCAUUAUCUUAUCAGAGAAGCACACGAAGAAGACUGCGGAGAUUGACAGCAGGGACAUAAAGAUGAAAGCUUGCUGUUGAAUGCACUCAGAGCCGAUGUGAUUCAGGCCUUUCGAGCAGCUGCAUCUGUUCUUGAGGUCGUAAGUUUGCGCUUUCGAAGCUGUGGGUAUCAAGUGAUUCGAGAGUAUUCUCCCCUUCGUUGAGGAUUGUCGAGGGCUUUAAACUUGUGUGGUGGUAUCGCAGCAGAUCGAAAGGUUCUGCCCCUGUUCCAGGCUCUUUCUGUUGGAUUGGUGCUUCCGGGUGCUAUGAGCAUGGCAGCAGAUCAUAACAUCAACUUCCCUCUUGGAGGAGUUUUCCCACAAUCUUUUUGCAAUCAACAUGUAGUUUCCUUUCACUCAGGGACUGUAAACAACACACACGGUAUUUUCCCCGGUGGAAUGAACAUUUCAGGUGGAAUAAAUGGAACGACGGCGAUGAUAUUGGCUGGAAAUUCUGGCACGCUGAACAAUAUUUCUCCUUUGGUCUCGACUACUAAUUCUCCCGGAAAUAUCCCCCUCGAGCCACAACAUGGGCGUAAGCAUCGUACAUCAUUCGCUGUGGAUUGGUCCUGCGAGGAAUUGGAAGUGAUGAAGCGAGGCCUUGCCACAUAUGCUGGUGAGCCUAAUAUCAUGAAGUAUAUCAAGAUUGCAUCUAAGCUUCCUGACAAGACUGUGAGGGAUGUUGCAAUGAGGUGCCGAUGGAUGACUAAGAAGGAGAAUGGUAAACGACGAAAGCCUGAAGACUAUUAUGCUGGGAAGAAAACCAAAGACAGGAAGGAGAAGGUGAUAGGUUCUUCCUCAAUGGCUAAUAUGUUCUGUAAUCAACCAGAGAGCGAAGCUACCUAUUCUUUCAAGAUGCAUAAUGGGAGCCACAAUAAUCAAUUCUCAUGUGAAGGCCCUGUGAUAGACAGCAGAACAAAUCAUCUUCUAGAAGACAAUGCAAAAAUUUUUCAUGAGAUUGCAGUUAAUCUUGAAAACAAUGAGAUACAAAAUAACAUUGAUCUCUUGUAUCGCUCAAAUGAGAAUAUAACAGCCAUUUUAAAUAGCAUGAGUGGAAUGCCUGGUAUUAUGAGUCAGAUGCCUCCACUGCCUGUGUUUGCUAAUGAGAGUCUUAUGCAUUCAAUAUUCCCUUGUAUUAAUCAGGCACAUGAACCCAGCAGCAGUCAUCUUAAGGAAGAGCGAAGAUCCUGGUGACUUUCCACCAAAUGAUCGGGUCCCUUUUAAGUGCACAAAUUUCUUAUGUAAAUGCAAGGAAGGUGAUCCAAGCUGUCUCCAAUUAAACAUGGCUUUUCACGGAAGAGAACAAAGAUUGCAUCCCAGAACCAGAAGAGGAGAAUCAAGCACCAGGCAACAGCGACCUCCCGACUCUCUACCUUGUGCUUCUCUCAUGGAGCUUCUAUGUAUAAAUGCUUGAUAUGAGAGGAAUUUUUGUUGCUUUACUAUCAUGUCCUUUUCCUCGAGAGCACAAUUUGUACCGACAAAUUGUAAUGCUAGAAAAUAAAACGCUCUUUGUAGUGUAUUAAUCUGCAUGUAUAAUUAAAGAAUGAAUUGGUGUUUUAUCACAUAUGAAUAAUCUCUUGCAUGGA